AUGGAGGGUGAUGCCGAUAAAGAAAACAGGGAUUUACCUUUGAUAGCCGCGAAGGAAAGGGGCCCAGGACCUGGUCGAUACAAACUACCAUCAACAUGUGGCUUUACAGACCAUGACUUUACCAAAUAUACCAAUGCAGCUUAUUCGUUUGGUCGUCGUACAAAGCUUCUAGAUCAUAGAAGAGGUCCUGGUCCAGCUUAUGGCAUUGACCCUGCAAUAACUAAGCAUGGUAAAGAUGGCACCCCGGCAUACUCAAUGUUAGCAAGGCAGCAAGGAAAAAAAAUCUUUAACACACCAUCACCAGGAGCAUAUUGCCCAGAACGUGUUCAUCCGCAGGGUGAAAAACAUGCUCCUAAAUAUUCCAUUGGAUCUAGAACACGCUAUAGAAAGACGGAUAAUAAUCCAUCAUCCAAUAAGUAUAAAUUACCACCUAUACUUGGAGCAACCCAACCCAAUAAACAAUCGUCAUCAGCAUACUCUCUCAUUGGAAGAAGAGAGAUCGGCAGUUAUUUAGAAGAUCUAGCAAAAGCACCAGGCCCAGGACAUUACCAUGCAACAUCCCCAGAUACCUUUAUAAAUAGGGCCCCAUUAUACUCCAUGAGGCGUCGCAGUUACAUGCCGGGUGACCGUACAAAGAAACCCGGACCUGGCGCUCACUGUCCAGAGAAAGUAACCAUCAAUAAACGUUCUGCUCCAGUUUUCUCUCUUGGAAUCCGCCAUUCAGAGUUUAUUUGUCCAAUGGUUAUCGAUGUUCAGGAUUAAUCUUAUGGAAUAUAUUUCUUGAAUUGACAUCCCAUAGGACAACUUUUUCAAGAAAGCCCGAUGCUUUAUAAAUCAUGUAACGUACCAACAGAAUAUCCACAUAAUAACUUAAUGCUCGUAACUUUAUUGUAUAAUGUAUAUAAAUUCUAGAUUACUUUCAGAUAUUGAUGAUUAAAAACACAUUUCAUCAAUGGUUGAAAUAUGUUGUAAUAUACAGAAUCUCUCAAAUUGUCUACAACCAAGACACGUUUUACCCGUAACCCCAAAUGUCAAAUUCAUGGAUUCUUAAUUAUGGUCCCCGACGAAUUUUGCAAAACUAAUCAUAAUUUUAUUCUACAUAUAUAUGAUAUAAUUGUUUAAUCCCCGAGACUCGCAUCGUGUCGAUUCUAAAAUC